AUGAUAUCUAUUUAUUAACUGAUUUUACUUUCAAAUGUUUUCUUUUCAUUUAUACAAACCUAAUUCAUAAUUUUCAACAAAUAAACUUUCGAUAUUGUUAACAAUUGCUUGAUUUUCGAAAGCUCAUCUCAUUCAACAUCUAUAGGAUAAAAAGAUAAUCCAUCGCGUAAUAGCACCACAAACUAAUGUCUAUUGUGUUAGAAUGGGUAUUAUCUAGAUGAAGGAAAGUGUAUUUAUAUCCCAAAUUGUACAAAUCCAAUAGUUAAUUAAAUCGAUGAUAUAAUUUCAUGUGAGGAAGGAGUAUAUUUAGGAUAUUAUGCAUAGUCAUUCUUUUAGUGUCCAAAAAAUUGUAUCAGUUGCUUCAAGUAAGAUAAUGAAAUUUUAUGCAAAGGAUGCAAAAUAGGAUUUGCUCGAAAGUAAGAUGGAUCAUGCUAUCCUCCUCCAAGCUUUUGUAUACAAGCGAGCACAAUUUAAGUUAAACUACCAAAAAAUGAUACUAUAAACUUAGGUGAUUAAUAUUCUUCAUAAUAGUAGGAAUAAUAGAGCUCAUAAAUGACUGAAUUAAUUUAAUGUGAUUAAUGUUAGUCAGGAUUUAUUACAUAGAUUUAAGACUAUACUAGCCCAUCUGAUUAUUAUAAUCAGUGCAUAGAAUGUUCAGAUAUAAUUGAAAAUUGUUAAAAUUGCUCUCUUGUUUUAGAUUAAAAAUAUAUAUGCAACUCUUGUAAUGAGGGUUAUUAUUUAACAUAAGACAAAAAUCAAUCAUCAGUAUGCCAAUAAUGUUCUAGCAAUUGCUCAUUUUGUAUAUUCGGUUAAGUUUAGUAUAAUGCUCCUUUUAUAUUAUCAAACUCUUAAAUUGGUGUAGAAGAAAGAGAAAUUUGUUUGAAAUGCCCUAAAGGAUAUGGAUUUCAUUAUGAUGGAAAAACUUGUGUACAGUGUAAUUAAUGUGAUUAAUGCUUCUAUUUAAUAAAUAAAUAAUAUGUUUAUACUCUUGGUACUAAUUUCAAGGCAAUUACAGAUGAAGAUAUAAUCUAACUUAAACUUUAAGUAGAAUUGACUUGCUCCUACCAAACUUGCUCAGAAGGCUGUAUAGAUUAAUUCAACAUUUGUUAAACAAAAAAUAAAAUUUCUGGAUGUUCUCUAUGUGCAGCAUAAAAAAUAAGCUCUGAUUUAAGUCAGAAUGCACUUACAUGCAAAUAGUGUUUUUCAGACAAGCAAAUGAAAGUACAAAUUUAAUCAACCUUGUAGAACUAAUAUUGCUUAGAUAGGUGUUAAAGUGACUGCUAGUAAUGCAACUAUGAUGAUUUUUUAUAGAUUUAAACAUGCAGCUUGUGCAAAAAACAAGGAAACUACUAGCUAGAGUAUUAAUAAGCAAUAGAUGAACUCAACAAUUUACUAGGAAAUGAAGACAUGAUAAAAUAUAAUUCAUACCAUUAUCUUUUUUUACUUUAAAAUUAAAAAUCCAAGAAGUGUCUAAACUGCCUAUUUGGAUGCUAUGAGUGCUAAAAUGCAUAAAUUUAUUAAAACAAUUAAGAAGUAGGCCACUAUACCUCAAGUAUAGAUUAAAUAAGCUUCAUCCAACAAGUUUAGUUGUUGAGUUAAUAUUAUCCUUAAUAUUUUAAGUCCAAUGACUUUUUUUUUCCUCCUUAAGACUCUGUAGAUAUCGUUAACUCAAAUUGCAUAAAAUGCUAAGAUGGUUACUAAUUAAUAGUGCCUUAGAUGAAAUGUAUAAAAUGCUCUGAAAAUAAAUUUUGUAAAUUUACAAUAUAAAAUAUUUAAUAUAAUUUAUUUAGCUCAGAUUUUGACUAAAUGAGCUUUGACGAAAUUCUUAGCUAAGUUUUUGGUUAGGAUUGGUUCAAUUUAAAUCACUUCUAUUAAAUGAAUCAGCUAGAUAUUUAAGAUAUAGAAGUAGUUUUGAAUUUAGGUAAGAGAACUUAUUUUUUAAAGGAUAGCUACUCUCUAAAUCUAUCAUACAUGAAAAGUGGUAAAAUAUUCGCCAAUUCUAAGCUUAAAUUAAUAGGCGCUGGUCCUUAAACAGUUUUACAAAUAAGCUAGAAUUUUUCAAUUUUAUUUUUUACUUAGAUUGAAAUUUAAGACAUGACAAUUUCUAUUGAUAAUUAAAAAAAUUGGGUUAUAGGAGCUUUUGAGGAUAACAGUUCUAUUAUUUUUUCUGGUGUUGUUUUUUAAUCUUAAUAAAAUAUGGGAUCUAUUGUUUUAUUUGAUAAUUUUUCAAAAUUAGAGAUAUCUAAAUGCGUAUUUGAUGGAAAUUUUGCCUAAAGUACGGAUUUCAUUUAACUUAUUGACCCUACUCCUUUCAGUGAUAUUGAUGAUGAAGGGUUUGAUGAUUUGACAAUAAGCAUUUUUGGAAAUUAUUUCACUCCUAAUUUCACUCUUACUUAAUACUUUCUAUAGACAUAAUUCUUCAGCCAUUUAAACAUAAAUUUAGAAAUGAAACAAAACACAUUUAGAAAAUCAAAGAUAGGCGGCUUUCUAUAUGUUUCUACUUUGUAAGAUAUGGAUGCUUUAAGUUAUAAAGAUCGAUUAAUAUCUAUUACAGACAACACUUUUGAUUUAUAUCUUUUUAGUGGAUACAGCUUUUUUUAAGAUGCAACCCUUGAUUAUGUUUAUUUGAAUAAUAAUACAAUAUAUUCGAUUUCUGUUGAUAAAAUUAAUGAUUAAGCGACAUCAUUUUUUUCAUUUUUUUAAGGAAGUGUUUUAAAUACUAAAAUUGCUAGCGUUUAAGUUCCAUAAGCUAAAUUUUAUCUCUUCGAUUUUACAGGCACAAGAGAUUACACUGAUAUUUAUCUAUGUAUAGAUAUUACUGUAAAAUUAAUAAAUUUUACUUCUGUUGAUCCUGAUGAGCUAUCUCCACAGAAACCAAGUUUUAAUUUAUUAAACUAUGGACUCUAAGAUAAUGGAUAAUCUUAACUCUAACAUAAUUUGAAAUUUAGACAUUUGGAAAAACAUUCAGAAUUUAUUUCGGGUACUGAUAAAAAAGUUAAUGAAAAAAUUGAGAAACGUUAAUUGUAGAGUUAAGCAAACAUAGUUUCUUAAUAUCCAUUAAUUAUUUUGAAAAAUAGCUAAAACAAUUUUAGAAAAAACUUUGAAAUAAGCAAUUUCUACAUGAAGUCAAUUUCUCUUUAAACAAAUGGUAGCCCUUUGAUAGAAAUUGAAGCUUCUUUGAUAGUUACAGUCUAAAAUUUUACUUUAUAGGAUUCAUACAUUUAAGGGGACGUGUUUAGAGCUCAAUGUUACAAUUUUACUGCUAACAGUAUAAUAAUAAAAAAUCUCAUAAACGAACAUUAUUUUUUAAUUAGUUCAUUUAGUGUUAAUCUCUUUAUUUCUGAUAUUUAAUUUCCUAAUUCUGAAGAUUAGUUUAGCCCUAUUAAUUAGCUAAUCAAUUAUCAAGAUUCAAGCCAAAUUAAUAUUGAUAUUAUUAAUGAUUAUAAAUCUUGCGAUUUUGAUGAAUGCAAAAUAAAUGAUAGUUGUGUAAUAUAAAUUGAUAUUUGUACAUAGGGUAUGCCGCUUAAGAAAUGCGAUUCUAUCGGCUAAACUGUUAUAGACUUUUGUUAAUAAGAAGAAUUUGAUCAGAGUCAAAAUAACGAGAAUGAUUAAACUGAUUCUAGUUCAGAUUAAAACAAUAAAGCUGAUGAAGAUAUAGAUGAGAAUUAUAACCAAUAUAAUUAAAAUGACUUAAAAUCUCUUUAAGCAGAUAGAAAUCCAGCUUAAAAUUAAAAUUAAACGGAUUAUUCUAUUUGUGAUAUCUUAAAAUUUAACAGAUUGCCUAUUAUUUUUGAAGAAUUUACUUUUAAUACAAAUGAGGAAUUAAUAAGUCAGGUUAUUAUUUAAAAUAUUUAAAUUGAGAAUAGAAUUACUUCAAAUUCAUUAAUAUAAAUAAAAAAUAAUUAAAAUGGAAUAUAAAAAAUUUAAGUUAAAAAUAUAAAACUGGAUAAUCUAAUAUACUAUAACUCUAAUAUUGGAAAUUCAUACGAUUUAUCAUUGUUUAUGAGUGUAAAUUCAGCAAGAUCAGUACUAAUUAUGAAGAACAUAACAGCUUAAGGUAUUUAUAUUUUAGAUAAUAGUGUUGACAUAAUAAAUGUAAAUAAUAAACUCUUGAUAAACUGUUUUCUUCAAAUAUAAGUUUAACACUUUUUGCUUAAGCAUUCAUACUAUGCUAAUGAAGGUGGUUCUAAGUAUUAAAAUCUUCAAUAAAAAUAUAAAGUUUUAGAUUAUGCUCCCAGAUUUGUAGAUUUUGUAGGUUAAACACUUUAUUUUAAUCACACAAAAUUUGUUAAGAUAGCAUCCCUAAGUGGAGGGGUGGUAAGAGCUUCAUCAAAUUAAAAUUUAGAUUUCUUUUUUUAUAAUAUGACAACUGAAAGUGUAUUUGUUAGUAAGAGUGGUGGUUUGCUCUAUUUUUACUCCUCAAUAGGCACAAGUGUGUAUCUACACAUAUAAAAUUCAUUUUUUAAAAAUAUAACAUCAAAUGCAAGUUUUGGACUUUUUGAUAUCAAUAAUUUAUAAAAUCCAAUAAAUCUAAAUAUAAUUAAUUGUGAUUUAGUAGACAUUUCGUCUCCAUAAACCUCUCUUUUUUAAGUAAAGAAUAUGAAUAGCUUUGUCCUCCUCUAAGAUGUUAAUAUUCAUGAGAUUUUUCAUAUUUUUCCUAUCUUUAAAAAUGAAAUGAUUUGUUUGAAGAAUACUGAAGUGCGUCUGAUAAACAUAAGGAUUUUUAACUUAAAUGACUACUAAACUCUAUUUAAUUUUGAUUAAAGUGUUAUUCUUUUUUACAAUGUAUCCAUAUAAAAAGUAGAAGUGCUUUUAGGUUUAUUCUUAUUUUAAAGGAGUUAAGUAUAGAUGAUUGAGUUUACAUUUAAAGACAGCAAAUCCACUUUUUUAAAUUUAAAUAGUGAUCCAACGCAUAUUAACACUGCUUAGCAAAUGUUUAUCUACUGCUAAUCAUUCAUAGAAUUUAAAUUUUGUUAUCCUUUAAUUAUGAGAAAUGUCACCAUUUAAAAUAUUUAGCUGAAUUAUUGUUCAAACAAUAUCAUUUAUUUUGACUAAAGCUCAUCCAAUAUAAAAAAUAUAACUCUUGUUAAUAAUACAUUCGAUAAUAGAGUCUUGCAGAAUCAAAUUAGUCUCUUAUACUAUAAUUAAAUUUUUGUUUCACUCAAAAAUUAGCAUCAUCAUAUACUAAUUGAGGCAACAGUCAGUGGCAAUAUACUUCCAGAAGCAUCAAAAGGAUGUAUAAGAGUUUUUAACACUUAAAUAAUCUUAAGAGAAAGUAUUUUCUCACAUAAUAUUGUUGAUUACGGAGGCGGCCUAUACAUACAGACUACAAAUAAUGAUGGUUCUGGUAUGUCAGAAAAAGCACCUAACCAUAGACUCUUAUAAUAAAAUAAUUAGAAUAUCAAAAAAAAUUUAAAUCCUAAACGAAAAUAAUAAAAAUUGAGAACUCUUGAUGAAACUGUAGAAAUCUAUUACACUUAAAACAAUACAUUUCUACCCACUAAUAAUUCAGAGUCAUAUUACCAAAAUUUUGAGCCAGAUAAAUUAUGGGUUACACUAGAUGACUAACCAGAUUUUAAAGAGAGAUAUUAAAACAUAUUUUAAUAUCCUUUUUAAUUUAUAUUUAUUAUUGAUGGAUGCUAAUUCCUUGACAACUAUGCAUUUUCAUAAGGAGGAGCUAUAUACAUAGACAUAAAUGAUAGCUCAAGAGAUUUAUUAAUUAAUUCAGUAGCUAUUUUAAAUUCAGAUAUUUCACACAAUAUUGCAGAAAUAAAUUCUCCUGGAAUAGGAAGCCUCACUUUUAUUCCUUUUUUAUAGAAUAACUCUUAAUCAAACAAUACAGUAAAAAAUAGAGCUAUAACAGCAUUUAACAUAGCUCCCUCUAAUCUAAAUAUUUAUUACCAAAAUGGUUCUGCUGUUUUGAAUUUAAAAAACAUAACUUCUGGAUAACUAUUUGAUUAAGGAAAUUUAAUAGUAGAGUUUUAAAAUAUUAAUGGUGAGAAGGUUUAUCUUAAUGAUCCUUCACUUAUAUCAACAGCUAGAAAACCUUAAGUUUUUUUAACCUACGAUUAAAUAAAAAUUGCAAUUGACACCUUUUCGUUUGAAAAUGGAACUAUCACUAUAUUACCAUAGUAAUAUAUUUACACUCCUGGGAGUGUAGUUGAUUUUAUCUUUUCUUCACCAAAUAUUUUAACACCGGUAAGAUUAGAUGGUGAUAUUAUUUUCGAGAUUUAAACUAAUAAGUAUGAAAAAAUUAUUAAGGCUCAUUUUAGAAGUUGUUAAAUAGGAGAAAUAUACUUUAAAGACAAAAAGAUAUGUUCACCUUGUUCUUUUGGCACAUAUAGCUUAGAAGAUCCUAAAAGCGCUAGAUGUACAAAUUGUCCGCAAGGAGGAUAUUGUCUUGGAGGUAAUUAAAUUUUACUGCUUGAAGGCUAUUGGUCUGAUGCUACUAUUAAGCAAGAUGAAAUAAUAUAUUGUAGUAGAAAUCCUUCAAACUGUGUAGGGUAAGUUAGUCAAGAGUUAUUAAAUAAUAGAGAAUUUAAACCUAAAAGAAAUUUAAAUCACGAAGACAAAAGCCAGUUCUUUCCAUGCAUAGAAGGACAUGUUGGAGCUCUCUGUGAAGUGUGUGAUUUGACUGGUUUGAAGAAUGGAUUAAGGUAUUAUCAAACAUAAGGUUAUCAGUGUGAAAAAUGUUAAGAAAUAGUAAAUAUUUAUGUAAAAUUAGGUUUUUACAUUUUAAUAAGCAUAUCAAUCGCUCUAAUAACUGUUUAUACAUUAGUUUCGGAAAUUCAAAACAAGAUUAUAAAAAAUGCAUUAAAAAUUAUAGGUGUAUUAAUGGUGGGAAUUAAUUCUUAAUAUUAUCAAAUUGCAUCUUCUUUAUUUAAGAUUAUCAUUAAUUACGCACAGAUCAACUUAAUUAUUUACACUCUAGAUUUAUAAAUACCAAGUGAGCUUAAUAAUAUCUUUUUAUCAAUAAUUUCUCCAUUUAAGUUUUUAUAGACAGGCUUUGAUUGUUUAUUGAGCGAUAUGUUUUCUUUAUAAGUUGUGUUCAUAAAAUCAAUUGGAUUAUGCUUAUUGCCAGUACUUUACUAUGUCAUAUUACUUUUCAUUCUUACUAUCGUUGAGACAUUAAAAAGGAAAUUUAUAAAAUCGUAUUAUUUUUAUACUGCUUGCUUUUUUAUUACGCUUUUUAGUAUUCCUAAUGUUAUUCAGUACUUAGCUUUGGUAUUAUCAUGCAGAAGAGUAGGAAGCUAAAAAUAUAUAGCAGCUGACGUGAGCUAAAUAUGCUACUCAAGUCAGCAUAUAUAACAUAUAAAGAGUGUAAUUGUCCCUGGUAUUGUUGUUUAUGGAUUACUUAUUCCUUUGCUAUUUGUGUGCAUUUUACAUUUCAACAGAGAUAAAUUUGAAUAAAAUAUGUUUGAAAUGAAAUAUGGAUUUCUUUAUAGAGAAUACAAGAGUAAAGUUUUUUACUGGGAAAUAGUGCGUUUAGGAUGUAAAGAAAUUAUAUUUCUAUCUGUUAGUAUUUGGGACGAAUAGUAAGAAUUAAAAGCUAUGAUUGUUUGCCUUCUUCUGAUAUUUUACUAUGGACUUUUAUAGAGAGUACAGCCAUUUAAAAAUUAGCUCUUAAAUCGAUAUGAGCAAAUAUCUACUACUUUGAAUAUUAUUUCAAUAAUUAUUGCUCUUGUUGUUAAGUAAAUAAGCAAUAGUACAACUAACAUAUUACUCUACAUAUUUAUCAUAGAACAAAAUUAGUUAAUUGCUUAAACCUUGUAAAAAUAAAACUCUUAAUUUGCCUAAAAUUUGCAAACAAAGAAUAGAUUCAAAAAAUUUAAUUUGUAAAAGUUCCUUCUAACAACUGUUGAUAAAAUAAAAACAGAUUAGUAAGAAAGCUUUAUAGUAGAAGGAAAAGUAAUCACUCCGCUUCUUCAAGCAAAUUAAGAUACUGAUAGUAAGAAUAUUAUCAAGCUAUAACUAGAUUUCUAGCAAAAUAUGAUAAAUUUUCAUUAAGCCUACAAGAAUACAAAUUCUAUCAAAGAUGAUUAUUACAAAAAUAAUGAGAUUUAUGCUGAUAAUUUUAAGUUAAAAAAUGAAAAUAGCCCUACUUUUUUUUCCUAAAAUUAAACUCAUUACUUAAAUUUAAGUGAAACUCCGUUUUAAAAAAAACAAAACCCUGAGAUUGAAAAUUUACAAUCUUUCUAAAUUUAAAGUAAUGAUCUUAACUUCGAUUAGGGUAAAAAAAAUUUAAAGUUUAUUCAAUAAGAAAAUUAAAUUGUUCAUUAGCUUUUGCCAAUUAUCAGCAAAGAAAAAGAAAUUGAAUUGUAAAGUUUUAACGAUGAGAUUAACAAUCAAUUUAAUGUUAGAAAUACUUUUACCUAAAAAAUGCAUUUUAAUAACAAUUAAGAUUCAAUGUAAUUUACAUUGAAAUAACAAGAUUUUGAUUAAAAUGAUGCUACUAGAUUCAUAGUUUAACAUCAAUAAAAUGAAAUUGAUAAUAUUUCACCUGAAAAUAAAAGUAAAAUUAAAAACUUUGGUUCAUAAAUAGAACUAAAAUAGAAAAUUAGUAAUCUCAAUAAUAUAUUCUAAAGGGAUAAUUAAAUUUUUGAAAAUUAAGAUAAGCAAGAAAUUCAUUAUAACGAAAAUGAAAAGCUAAGCUAGUUUAAAGAUUUAAAUAAUUUUAGUUUUGAUAAAAAAAGAGAAAUAUAAGAUCUAUAAGAAAUAAGUAAAAAUUAAAAUGAGUAGCAAAAUAAUCUAGUGGAAUAGCCUUAUAAUGUGCAACAAAAUUUAGAUAAUGAUGAGCUAAUUAAAUUUGAUUCUGAUGAUUCAGAUUAUGAUUUCUCUAAUGGAAUAUGCUCUCAUAAAUAAAUUUCAGCUAGCAAUUAGCUUGAAAAUGCCGGAAAAUAAUAAAAAUCAAUGUAUAAUAGAUAUGCGAUAUUUAGAUAUUUUGCUGUAAUCAUAUUUAUUGCAUUAUAGAAUUGCUCAUCUUAACUGAUAAGAUAAGAAAAUGAAAUUAUUUAAAAUUGCUUAAACUUUAGCAUUACUAAAUAAUAGUAAAAUAACUAAAAUUAGAGCUACUGUAACACCUGCUAAUAUGGCUACUUUUUAUACUAAGGCAAGUGCUAUUUAAUUAAAAAUUGUGAAGUAUCUGCAAUUAUACAAGAUCAAUACUUAGUAUAAUGUCUAGAUGGAUCAUACCUAACUUUUUAUAAUAAUUCGUUCCACGCUUGUCCAAAUUAUUGCAAUUAAUGUGGCUUUGACAACGGAUAGCUUAUAUGCACUAGUUGUUAAUAAGGCUAUUAAUUAAUGUAAUAAGUAUCUCCAGAAGGAAUUUUACAUGGUACAUAUUGCUCCAUUUAUAAUGAUGUUAAUUGCCUAUUACAAGGUGAAUGUUCUAUUAACUAAUGCUGUUUAAAAUGCUAGAAAGGAUAUUUUUUAGAUAAAAAAACAUAAUUAUGUACUCCUUGUUCUAAAUUAGUGAAUAAUUGUAUUGAUUGCAUAGAUGUCAGUGCAGUAACAGAUUAAAUAUCCUAAAUUAAGUGUACUACAUGCUCUAUGGGAUUUUACUAGCAAUUUUAAUACGAUUAAUGUAAUUAAUGUUAAACUUACUGUCAAGUUUGUGCCUAUAAAUUUGUAUAUUAUUUUAAUCCAAUCAAAAUGUAGUUUGGAAGUGAAAAAAGAUUGUAAUGUUUACAAUGCUAAGAUGGGUACGGUUUUCAUUAAGAUGGUUAGAGAUGCGUUAAAUGUGAAGAUAAUUGUCCUCUCUGUUAUAAAUAGUUAAAUAAUUUAUAUCAGUAUACAAUAACAAACUAAUUUAAAGCUCAGCUAAUUGAUGAUAUAACUAUGAAUUUUUCACUUAAAUGCUUAAAUUACGAGUUUUAGGAUCAGUGCAUUGAUGUUUAUGGAAGAUUAUCAAAAAUUUAGAAGAAACCUGUGGACAAUUGCCUAUUAAAUUACUGCGGUUAAGUUCUGGAUACAAGAAAUAUUUAAAUCUCUUACUUGAGUUGUUUGAAGUGCGCAAAAGGAUACUAGCCAAUUUUGAAAAGCUAUUAAACAUAUAUUGCUUAAGAAUGUAUUGAUGACUGUCCAAAUUAAUGCUUGACUUGCAUAAAGGAUCUUAGCACGAAUUUAAAUACAUGUUUGAAUUGCCUACAGAAGGGGAAGGCCACUGAUUCUAAUUAUAUAUUUUUCUUAAAUAUUCUAAGCAAAAUUCCAGAUUAUUAAAAUAUUUAAUAACUAAUAUUCCCUUUAUUUAAAGUUCAAUAUAAUAAUCAAAGCUAAAAGGUAAGAUGCUUAAAUUGUUUUGUGGGCUGUUUGAUAUGUUAAAGUAUUGAUAAUGGCAUUAAUCAAAUAGAUCUUACUGUUUCUGAGAAGGAUUUAUUAAUUAAUAAUUUUAGACCUUUUUUUAAUGAGAAAUCUUUUGCACUUCCCUAACUAGAUACGAUAUUAACUUCAAGGCAGAUAUGCUUAAAAUGUGAUGAAGGAUAUUAAAUGGUGUAUCCUGAGUAGAAAUGUGUAAAAUGCCCUAAAGAAGGAAAAUAGUGCAAGUACUAAAUUAAGUUAUAAGAUGAAGUCAUCUAUUUCACUUAGUAACUAAGCAUUUAACUUUAGCUAGAUCAAUUUAUGCAAACCAGAAUCAAUGAUGCAUUUUCGUUUUAUUUAGUCCACCAAUUUAAUAUUCAAUAAAUUGGUUAGACCCUUCACAUAUAAUAAGGAUAUUACUAACUUAAAAAUUAGUCGUCAAUUAAUUAUAAUUUUCUUAGAAAUGCAUACUCAAAGCAGAUUCAAUAAGCAAAUCUUACAAUAAUUGGAGAAGGCGAUGGAACAACUCAAUUUAAUAUUAGCAGCUAUUUAUCUAUUCUUGAUUUUGAGAACGUGAGAUUUGAAAAUAUUACCAUUAGCUUAUCCAAAUAAGGUAGACUUAUGAUAGGAAAUCUUAAAAAUUUUAAAAGCCUGAUCUUUAAAAAUGUGCAGUUUUCUAAUUUCUAGGGCUGCGAAAGUGGGUCAAUUCUGAUAUUUUCUAAUAUUUAAAAAUUAAAAUUUAUUAACUGCACAUUUAAUAACCUUAUACUGAAGUAGGAUGAUUUUAUAUAAUUUAUACCAUAUAAUUUGUAUUCUAGUACAAAAGAGACUGUAAAAAAUAAAAUCUACAUAGGUCAUAGUACUUUUGUUGAUAGUUACUUUGAUAAAUGCUUUCUAAAUACUUAAUUUCUAAAUUAAAACAAUCUUGAGCUAUAAAUAAAUAAUUCUAUAUUUGAUUAAGUGACCACGAAAUGUUUUAUAUCAAUUAAAAUAAAUGAAUCUAAUUUAGAAAAUAGCAUUGAUUUUAUGAGUAGAAAUAUUACUUUGUUAAAUAACAAGUUUAACAUUAUGAUUAGGAAUGAAGGUUUCUUUUUCAAGGAUGAAACAUUAGAUUAUAUAAUUAUGGUUGGAAAUACUAUACAAUUUUAAGAAUAUGAAAGCAACUAUACCUCAUAAUCAACAGGCUUUGUGUUUUAAUAAGGAUUAAUUAAAAACACCCUUAUUGAUUCCUAUAAAGUAUAAUCAGACAAUCUGGUUCUUUUUGAUCUAACAGGGUAAUAUAAAUAUAAUUAAAUGCAAGAUUAUUGCUUCGAUAAUAUUAUUAGGAUAGCGAAUUUUACAUUUAAAUCUGACUAAAUUAUCGAAAUUACAGCCCCUGUCAUGAUAAUAAAACCAAGCAUGUUUAAUCGUUUAAAAUCAGUGUACUUAGAAAAUAUUUUUAUUUAUGAUAUUACUAGAAUGAAUAACUAACCAUAUUAUAUCUUUGAUUUAUAAGGAUUGCUUAUUAUUUCUUUAAAAAAUUUUAUCUGCAAAGACGCUUAUACAGAUGGUUAAUAUUUUAAACUUGCUGCUAAAAUUGUUUAUAUAAGUGAAAUAAAAAUUUCCUUAAUUCACCAAUUGCAUUCGUUAUUUACAAUCUACAGCUAACAAGCUUUUAUCAGUGAUAUUAAGAUUUCUAAUGAUUUUGAACUUUAAAUGAGCAAUAUAAUUGAUUUCUAACAAGCUAACUAUUUAGACUUUGCGUAUUCUUAUCAAAUAAAAGGAUUUACGUAUGAAGACUGUAUGAAUUAUACAUCUUGCUAUACAAACAAGUAAAAUGAUUUGUGUUAUUAUGAAUCUCAUUCAAUACAAACUAGCUCAUAAUAUUUAGAUUAGUUUAAUUUAUAUUAGGAGAUAUUACAAGAUAAUGUAAUAUUUUACAAAGAGGUAGGAAUUGCUCAAGUUAUAAUCUCAAAUGUUUAAAUUUUCUAAGCGAUAAUAAGUAGAAAUAUGAUAUCAAUUGCUUGCUCUUAUUAACCAGCAUUCAUUAGUAUAUCUAAUAUAACUUUUAAAGAGUCUGAGUUUGUCUUAGAUAAUACUCAAAUUAAUUUAGACUAAUAACAAUAAUUUUUAUUUUUUGUAUAUUCUGAUUAGUCUCUUGUUUCUUUAGUUGAUAUAUUCUAUGAAAGGUUUAACUCAAUAGUGAGUUAAGAAUCAGAUGAUAAUUAGGAGUGGGAAGGAAAUAAAUAACCUAAUAGCUUUUAAAAUAAAAUAUAAGCACUCAUAUUUCUUUAUUCAGAAAUAAUAUAUAUAAAGAAUGUUAUAGCUAAUACUCCUUUGAAAACAAAUCAUUCAAUUUUGAUGCCUCAUCAAUUUUUAGUGUAAGAAAGCAAAUUUAUUUAGUUUAUAGCCAAAACCUUUAUACUCAAAGAUAGCAUAUUUAAUGAUUUUAGCUGCUCAAAAGGUGGGUUAUUAAUCUCGCCUAUUCAACAAGACAUUGAUUUAUACAUGUAAAAUGUAACUUUAAAAAAAGUAAAUUCCGAGGGUGAUGGCGGAGUAUUAUAUUUCUACUUAAUAGAGAGUUCACGUAUUUCAAUAAAUUUGUAAAGUUGUGUUUUCGAUAAUAUUUCAAAAGAUUAAGGUGGGAUAAUAGCUAUUGAUAACAGUAAUGAUAGAAUCUAUAUAAUUAUUUAAGACACUUUUAUUAAAAAUGUUUUUUCUAGUUAUAAUACUCUGAUCUCUAUCCCCUAACAGGGAAUCUGUAUAAUAUCGCUCAAAAAUACAACAAUUACAGAGGACAAAAAUUAAAUACACCCGGAAUUAGUUAAGAAGAGUAUGAUACAAAUAAAAGGUGGAAUCAUUCUUUUUCAAAAUGUCAUAAUAGAUUCUAUUAGCAAUUAUGACUUAAUAUUUAUUUUUGACAAUUCUGAAAUUUUUUUUCAUAAUGUAACACUCAAUGCUGUGUCAACACACUCUGGAAUAAUAAGAGCGAAAUUCCUUGUAUUUGUUUAGUUUACAGAUACAACUAUUUAAAAUGCAAAAAGAUUAAGUACCUAGGUAACAAUAGAAAACUUGAAUUCAGAUGAAAUUACUAAAUAAGUUUUUGGAUAUUGCAAUCCUGAUAUGUAUUUCUAUAUGGGAGAAUUUAUCCAUUUUUAAAAUGUAACUUUCUCUAAUAACGAAGUGUUACCCUGUGCACAAUCAUUUAUUAGUGUACAAAAUUCUAACUUCUACUUUGAUAAUGUUACUGUCAAAAAUAAUUAUUGUAAUAGUGUAGAUUAUUUUUAUUAAGAAUUUUCAUUUAUUUAAUUUGCUGGCGAGCAUUACAAGAAAAAAGAAUAUGGUAAUUUGAUAAUUAAUUCUUAAUUUUAUCACAAUCACUUGUAUGGCAAUUCUUUUGGGAUUAUUAAUUUAAGUAAUUUGAGAGUGUUCAUUACAAAAUCAACUUUCGAAAAAAAUUAUGCAAAUUAUGGUGGAGCAAUUUAUUUUUAGUAAAUAGAUGCUGCAACAAUUAGUAAUCAGAAUGAUAAAGGAAGAAUACUUGAAAUUAAUAGUGAAAUGGAAGAUUCUCUUUAAAAAUAAUACGAUUAUAUUAUUGAAUCUAAUUAUAAAUUUAUAAUUAAAUACAAUUUUAAAUAUCAGCUCGUAAUUGAUCAGUGCAAUUUUUUUUAAAAUACAGCUAUGGAAGGUGGUGCUUUGUAUUUAGAUAACCAAAGAGGAACUACAGUAAGCUUAUAAUUCGCCAUUUUAAAUUCUACAUUUAUAAACAAUAAUGCUAGUGAAAAUUCUCCUGCUAUUAGCUGCUUAAAGUAUAUUCCUUCUGUAAUAAAUGCGCUUUUUUAAAAUAAUACUUUGGGAAAUAAUACAGAAGUAAAUCCCUUAAAUAUUGCUCCUUCCUAGAUUUAAGUUUCUAAUACAACUGAAGAAGACAUAAACUUUUUUUCAAACUUUAUAUCUGGUGUAGAAAUUUAAUCAAAUAUAACUUUAAAAUUUAAAGAUUUGUCCAAUUAAACUGUCUUUUUAAAUACAAAAAAUACUGACCUUAUUCCUUAAGUUUUUCUUUCAUAUGAUACCAAUAAAAUAGCCUUAGAGAAUUAUGAACCAAAUACUGGCUAGCUAUAUUUAGGAAAUAUAUCUUUUAUAUAUUAACCAGGCUAAAAUGCUACCUUCAGCUUGACAUCAAGACAUAUAAUAACUCCUAUUUUAGAUGAAAAUUAAAUUGUGACCUCAUUCAGCAAUAAAGAAUAUAUUAAAAAUAUAAUUGUAGAAUUCAGAAAUUGUACACCAGGAGAAAUAUAUUUAUCUCAAAAAAAAAUAUGUUAGCUGUGUCCAUCGGGUUCAUACAGCAGACAAAACAGUAAAAAUAAAAAUUCUGAUGUAUGCCUAACUUGUCCUGAGGGAGCUGAUUGUCCAGGAGGGAAUAUCGUCAAUACAAUUGAUGGGUAUUGGCAAGAUUCAAGUAUUUAAGGAGAAGAAAAAGAGAUAUUCUAUUGCUUGUAUUCUUAAAGUAAUUGCCUUUCUAACUCAAAUUCUACAUAUUAAAACAUAACAGAUCCACUUCAAAAAUUAUACUUUCCAUGUAAACUCGGUCAUGUUGGGGCACUUUGUCAAUCUUGUGAUACACAACGAUUAAUGAGCAAUGUUACUUUUUAUGAGGAUGGUUUAUAUUAAUGCUCAUUAUGUUCAGAUAAAUUGGGUAUAUAUUUAAAAGUAGGAUUUGUUAUUACUGGAGGACUAGUUUUGGCUCUCUUAACUGUCUAUAGCAUUAUAAAUGAAGCAUAAAAUAAAAUUAUAAAAAAUGUAUUAAAAUUGUUUGGUAUAUUAUCAUUAGGAACUGCUUCACAAUACUCUCCUGCAUCAUCUUCAUUAUUCAAAAUACUGAUUAAUCACUCAUAAAUAAAUUUAAUUGCUUUCUCUCUAAGCUAGGAUAUACCCUAAUAACUUACAUAAAUAAUUAAUAUGAUUGUUUCCCCUUUUAGACUUAUUAAAACAGGUUUUGAUUGCUUAUUGAGUUAACUUUUUGUUGAAAAAUUAGUAUUUAUAAAGACAAUAUUUUUUAGUCUGCAACCAAUCAUAUUUUAUGUUUUAAUUAUGUUAUGCUUCACUAUCAUUGAAGUUAUUAGAAAAAAGAUGAUAAAGUCAUACUAUUUCUAUACAUCAUGUUUUUUUGUUGCACUUUACCUUGUCCCUUAAGUUAUUUAGCAACUCAUCUUAGCUAUUUCUUGCUAAACUGUAGGUUAAAAUAAGUAUAUGAUUGCUGAUAUGACAAUAAUUUGCUUUUCUGACAUUCAUAUAUAAUACAUAAAAUAUAUUAUUAUACCAGGUUUAAUAGUUUACGGAGUAUUGAUUCCUAUUUUAAUGAUAACCUUACUUUGUGUUAAUAAAAAGCAUUUUACUAGCAGUUACUUUGAAAUCAAAUAUGGGUUCUUGUACAAAGAAUUUAAGCCAAAUUUAUUUUACUGGGAAAUAUUAAGACUCUUAUUCAAAGUGUUUAUUUACUCUUUUAUAGGGCUUUGGAAAAGUGAAAUCUAAACAAAAGGAUUGAUUUCAAUUCUUAUCCUUAUCCUUUAUUUUGAAUUAUUUUAAAAGCUGAAACCUUUCAAAAAUCUGGAUGUCAACCUGUUAGAGCUUACAUCUAUUCAAAUUAAUAUUAUUUCACUAACAUUAGUAGUAUUUGCUUAUCAAAUAAGGAAUAUCGGCUUUUAAUUCUUUGUGUAUAUGGUAAUCAUAGGGCUUAACUUCUAUUUUUUUUACUAAGUAGCAAAAUAGCUUUACAAAAUUAAUAGAAAAUAAAUUAUCCAUCUUAAAAAUAAAAUUAUUGCCCUUUUGAAGAAAGUUAGUACUAAAUGCUUUAAAAGAUUUAGCUCUGUUAAAAGUUAAAUAAAUGAUCAAAAUAAAAGCUUUGUUUAAGAUUUAAAUCAUAAUACUAUCAAAAAAAAUAAUUGGAAAAAAUUGAGAGAUUAUUUUAAAUUCUACAAAAAAUUUAAAUAAGAAUAGAAAAACAGUACUCUUAGUUUAUUUUCUUUAGAAAUAAUCAAAUAAUAUCAAAUCUCAAAGGCUCUUGAAAGUAAUAAAGAAAAAUUUAACGAUCUUGAGGACAUAGAAGGAAAAUAAAUAAAAACUUCUCUUAAAAAACAACAAUCUGUCAAGUAAGAUUCAGUUGGGAAAAAAAAAUUAUAUUAAAGUGUAUUUUCUUUUAGAAGCGCUGACUAGUUAAUCCAAGAUAGCAAUAUUGAUAUUAUCGUUAACACAUAAUUUAAAAAUAAAUCUUGUUCAACAGAAUUUUCAGAAAGAGUAAUGGGCGAUAGUGCUUUAUCAAGAUAAUUGACAAGAUUUAAAACCAAAACGAGUAGAAGAUAAUAAAAAAGCAUUCAUAAUAAAAGCACUGUAAAAUUUUUGGAAAAAAAUUUUUAUUUUGAAUAAAGCAAUAAAAAUAUUAAUAAGACUUUAAAUCUAAAACAAAUAAAUUAAAAUAAUAAAAACUCUGAUUUUAUAAAAUUAUCUAACAUUUAAAUUGAAGACAACAUAAAAGAUUAAAUAAUUUCUCAAGAUCUAAAGGAAUAAAAAGAAAUUAACUCUAGUGAAAUAAUUAAUAAAUUGCAAUAAAAAAAAAAUAAUUUUAAUCAAAUAAAAAAUAAAGAAAUGUAUAUAUAAGAUAUAAAUCAUAGUUAACAAGAAUGA